AGCUGUCGUUGGCUGUCGUUGGCGCCGCUGUCGUUGGCGCUGCUGCUCGGCAAGCGGCAUGAGCGCCCUGUACCUGCUUGGCUUCCGAGACGAUGAGCGUGGCACCGAGGAAGUCACGUCCUCCGAGGGAAAGACCAUCCUCUCGCAUAAGAAGGGUCUCGGCGUCCAGCCCGCCGAUCUCAUCCGGCUGUACGACCGGAGGGACCACUACGUCGCCGUCGGUCGCGACGCCGACGCCAUCGCGGCCUUCUACUUCCGCUCCUCCUCGGCGGUGCGGCACUGGAGCGACGGUGACGGCCGCACGCCCUACCUCGCCAUCAACAAGAAGAUGGCUGCCGAGGUGAUGCGCGCCUGCCUGCUCGUCCAGCGGCGCCGGCUCGAGGUCUACUCGCUCGACGGCGCGCGGUGGGUGCUCUCGCGGCGCGGCUCGCCGGGCAACAUCUCCGCCUUCGAGGAGGAGUGCCUCCGCGACGGCGAGCUCCCGCCCGACGCAUCGACCACCAUCGCCGCCGUCCGGCUCGGCCGGACCGCGGGAUCAAAGGGAUACUCGGGAAACGCUCGGCUGGUCGGCGUGUGCUUCGCGGACGGGGCGUCCCGCUCGCUCCGCACGUCCGAGUUCGAGGACGACGAGAACCUGUGCACGCUCGAGUCGCUGCUCUGCCAGCAGGGGACGCGCGAGGUUGCGGUGACCGACGCGCCGCGCGGCGCCUUUGCGCAAAAGCACGCCGAGCAGGACCUGCGCCGGCUGGUCGGCUCGGAGCAGCCUGUCCACGCGCGCGCCUUCGAGACGCAGCAGCAGCUGCCCGUCGGCUGCUUCAGCGCGCUGUGCCGCCACCUCGACCUGCCCUCCCUCACCGAGUCGCACGGCCAGUGGGGAAUCGAGUGGGUCGAGCCGCGGGAGUUUGUGAGACUCGACGCGUCGGCACUGCGCGCGCUCUCGGUCGAGCCGCAGCCCAACGAGGCGGACCGCAACGCGAGCCUGUACGGCAUCUUUGCGAAGACCAAGACGGCGGGCGGCGGGCGGCUGCUGCGCAAGUGGCUCAAGCAGCCGCUGCUGUCGCCGCACGAGAUAGAGCACCGCCUCGACCUCGUGCAGACCUUCGUCUCGUCCCUCGAGCUGCGCGCGACGCUGCGAGACACCUGCCUGCCCGCGAUGGGCGCGCGAGCCGGCUCGAGCCGGCUGCGGCGGCCGGCCGCGUGCGCGCGACGCCGUUGCGGGUUGUGCCCCCUGGUAGGUGCGGACCUUGACCGGCUGCAGCGGCGCCUCUUCUCUGGCCGCGCGACGCUGCAGGACGUGGUGCUGCUCUACUCGCUGCUGGGCAGCCUGCCGCGGCUGCUGUCGGCGCUCGCGGGCGGCGGCUACGCCGAGGGCGGCGAGGGCGAGGGCGAGGUGGACGGGCACACGCUCGUGCAGUCCGCCUUCACCGAGCCGCUGCAGGUGGUGCACGAGAACUUCGAGCGGUACCGGCAGCUCGUGCACGCUGCGGAGCUCGCGGGGCUGGGCGCCUCGCGGGACGAGACGGUCGCCGAGAUCGAGGCGGCGCACGAGGCGCUGUGCGAGCGGCUGGGCGUGGACGAGGGGCGCGUCAAGCUCGAGAAGGGGGCGCCGCACGGCUACCACUGCCGCGUCUCGCGCAAGGAGAACAUGACUCACAACUCGCUAGUAGACGAGAAGCUCAUCCGCGACGCGGACGGGGUCAACGUGCUCGGCACCAAGAAGGACGGAGUCGCCUUCCGCGACAAGGCGCUCGACAAGCUGGCCGCGCGGUACAAGGAGCUGGCCGCGCACUACCAGACCGCGCAGGCCAGGCCACAGAGGCCGCUCUCUCGCCGGAGAGGAGCGCGUGCCCGUCUGAUCCCUCCCGCUGGAACGCUGGUCACAAAGGUCGUCGACACCGCCGCCACGUUCUGCCCGCUCAUCGCGGAGCUCGCCGGCCACCUGACGAAGCUCGACGUGCUCCUCGCCUUUGCCGCCGUCGCCGCGUCUGCGCCCGAGCCGUACGUGCGCCCGACGCUGCUCCCGCCCGAGGCGCCGCGCGCGCUGCGCAUCGACGGCGCGCGCCACCCGUGCGUCGAGCGGAUGGAGUCGGCCGGCGGGGGCACCGGCUCCUUCAUCAAGAACGACGUCGCGCUCGGCGACCACGCGGCCGACGCCGAGGUCCCCUCGCUGCUGCUCGUCACCGGCCCAAACUGCGGCGGCAAGUCCACCUACAUCCGCUCGGUCGGCGUGUGCGUGCUGCUCGCUCAGGUUGGCUGCUUCGUGCCGGCCGACGCGAUGGAGUUCUCGCCGGUGGACGCGAUCCUCGCGAGGGUCGGCGCGGGCGACAUGCAGUCUCGCGGCGUCUCCACCUUCAUGGCGGAGAUGCUCGAGCACUUUCACGAGCUGACGGCACUGGCCGACAGGGAGGCCGCCGUCGGCAACCGCCACGUCGCCGCGCACGUGGACGGCGACGACCUGACCCCGCUCUUCAAGGUGCAGCCCGGCCCGUCGGACCAGUCGUACGGUGUCGCCGUCGCCGCGUCGUGCGAUUUCCCGUCCUCGGUGGUCGAGUCGGCCAAGCGGAAGCUCGCAGAGCUCGAGUCGGCCACGGUCGGCGGCGGUCCGGCCGCGGACGCCGCGGACGCCACGGCCAAGCGCGAGCGGCUAGCGAGCGUCACAGCGGAGGAGCGCGCGGCGGGGACGGCCGAGGUGCGGCGGCGGCUCUUUGACUUCGGCAUGGACACGCCGCAGCUCUCCGAGUCGCUGCGCGCGUCCACCAACCCGUACGUGCGCGCGCUCCUCGAGGUGGCAACUGCGGAGGUUGCUGCCGAGGCGGGCGUGUGAUCGCAAUCGAUGUCCCAUCCACCAAUAGGAGUGUUCACUGCUCACAUACGGGUAGUUGGUCCUAGUAGUUCACUGCACGCGGGGUGACUGUGCGCGCUUGCGGCGUGUGGCGGGGCGAGCGGCGAGCGCGAGGGGCACCCAUCCCCCCCGCCCCAGCGCGCCAGCCGCACGCGCCACAGCCGCCCGCGCACCCCCGGAGAGACACGAGCGAGGCGCCACGCGAGAGGUGGAGAGCCCGAGUAUCGUAUCGAUCAAAUUUUGUACUGGGUAUGA